CACGCAUCUCGCCUGGGUCGGAACUCUCGGGUCAGGAACAGUCCCAGUCACCUCCGGACAGGGCGGGUGAGGACGGGGACGGGGCGUGUCCAACUUGCUGUGGCCCUUGAAACCCAAGCGUGGCACGGCACGGGGCGAUGUGUGCGUGCGGGACCCUGUGCUGCCUGGCGCUGCUGUGUGCGGCCAGCCUGGGUCAGCGCCCCACCGGGGGUCCUGGGUGCGGCCCUGGGCGCCUCCUGCUCGGGACGGGAAAGGACGCACGCUGCUGCCGCGUUCACCCGACGCACUGCUGCCGCGAUUACCCGCGCGAGGAGUGCUGUUCCGAGUGGGACUGCAUGUGUGUCCAGCCUGAAUUCCACUGCGGAGACCCUUGCUGCACGACCUGCCGGCACCACCCUUGCCCCUCAGGCCAGGGGGUGCAGCCCCAGGGGAAAUUCAGUUUUGGCUUCAGGUGUGUCGACUGUGCCUUGGGGACCUUCUCCAGGGGCCACGACGGCCACUGCAAACCUUGGACAGACUGCACCCAGUUUGGGUUUCUCACCGUGUUCCCUGGAAACAAGACCCACAACGCUGUGUGCGUCCCAGGGUCCCCGCCGGCAGAGCCGCCUGGGUGGCUGACCAUCGUCCUCCUGGCCGUGGCCGCCUGCGUCCUCCUCCUGACCUCGGCCCAGCUUGCACUGCACGUCUGGCAGCUGAGGAGUCAGCCCACGUGGCCCCGAGAGACCCAGCUACUGCUGGAGGUGCCGCCGUCGACCGAAGACGCCAGCAGCUGCCAGUUCCCUGAGGAGGAGCGGGGCGAGCGGCUGGCAGAGGAGAAGGGGCGGCUGGGAGACCUGUGGGUGUGAGCCUGGCCAUCCUCCGGGGCCACCAACUGCAACCAGCCCCUCCCUAGGAGCUCCCUGGGCUCCAAAUUCUGCUCUGGGCCGGGCCCUGCUCCCCUGGCAGCAGAAGUGGGUGCAGGAAGGUGGCAGUGAGCAGCGCCCUGGACCAUGCAGGUCGGCGGCCGCGGCUGGGCCCUGCAGGAGGGAGAGAGAGACACAGCCAUGGCCCCCUUCCUCCCUUAUGGCCCUGCUGGGGUGGGGUCUUAGGACGGGAGACUGUGCCCAUGGGUGUGCAGUGCCCAGGAUGGGACCUGGCUGCAUGGGGCCUUCAAUAAACACUGGUCCAGUGAC